UUUCGCUCAGUCCACAAUUAAAGUUUUCCCGAAGAAGAAGUCCUUUUCCCCUCUUUUUAUCUUUCUCUCUCUCUUUUUUUGUAAUGAAAUGGGAGAGAUGGAGAUGGAAGAAAUCGAAGCAGUUCUCGAGAAAAUCUGCGAUCUGCACGACAAGCUCAGCGACGAGAUUCACUUGAUUUCGCGCUCUCACUUUCUCAAUUCCGUUAAACCAGCUACCAGAUCGGAGAAGAGGAAGAGCCACGGCUUAAACUCCGCCGAAGAGAAGCCACAGGGAUACGUCUUCAUCAAGGGCUUCCCCGUUAACGAUAACGACGCAGCGAUUCAAGAGGCCAAGAGUCUUAACGCGAUUCGAACCGCGCUUGAGCACCUCGAAGACCAGCUCGAGUUCUUCCAUACGAUACAUACACAGCAACGAACAGAGAGGGAUGUAGCAGUUGCUCGGCUUGAACAAAGCAGGAUGUUACUAGCAAAGAGAUUGGCUGAACACCACGGCAAGAGCUACGGAGUUCUAGAUGAAACUCUUGCCUUCGUUGGGAGCAUUAAAACCUCCACAAAUUUUGUUUACAACUCCUCUCCAAACACAGCCGGGGCAUACUCUACUCCUCCUGAUGGACCAAAGUCGAACUUUGUAAUCAACGCCUUUGCGUGGACCUUCGGGUUGGCCAAAAGAGCACUUGGAUUCAACCAUGUGAGAGGCGUACUAGGAAACGCUGCUAUAUUCGCUAUAAGCAUGGUCGCUAUGCUACAUCUUCAGCAAGUUGCUUCUAGUGAACAUCAUCGUCUAGGGAAGAAACAGAGGAAAACAUACAGAAGAGAGAUGUCUUCAUCUGACAUAAGCUUGGACCACUUGGACGUCAUGAUGGCUCGUGGUUAAAGAUUAAAGACCAGAUAUCGAACUUGUCUACACGUGAUACUCUGACUUGCAGCAAUGGGAAUAUAAUACCAAAAAAAAAAGAAGUGAACCAAGAAGAGAAGAGAAGAAAGGAUAAGAACUUGGAGGCGAAGUAUUGGAAUUUUCUGAGCUGAGCUAAUGAUUCUUUUUCUUUCAGAUGCUAAUCUUUUUCCUUUCUCCUCGUUUUCUUAAUUUCAGUUAUUGUGGUUUAAAGUUUGCUUGUAGUUAGCUUGCGUGUUUGGUUUUGGUUGAUUUCAAGUGUGGUAGGAUUUUUGUAAUCACAAGUUUCUGAGUCGAGAUCUCUUGGGUGCUC